AUGUUCCCACGAGUUCUAAAGGUCACCCCAAGCAUCGUCCCGCUCUACUUGGAGAAGGCUAUGUUUAAACUGGAGGUCACCAGGAAAAUCCUUUGUGAGGAUGUGCCAUGGCAGGACGUGAUCUCAGACCUGAACAGGACCGGCCAACCCUGGACUAAGACUCUGAGUAUGUUAAAUCAUACUCAGAGGUUCCAAUUGCUUUUGGAAUUCGAAAGAAGAGAGGCGGAGAAAAAAAUAUCAUUCAUCCAGCAAUCUCUUCGAAUUUCCAAAGGCAACAAGGACAAUGAACUCUUAGUCGAAGUGGCCGAGCACCCUCAGAAAUCUGAGAAACUCCUCCAUGGCAAACUGAGAGUUGUCUUCCAUAGCAAGCCACUGCAAGAGUACUUGGCUACCAUCAAAGAAGUAAAAAAAGAAGGGCUUGUAAUUUCCUUAGAUGAAACUUCUGAGUUUUUUGAAGAUGAUGUAGCAGAUGUAGAACUACUGCCAAAUUACUUCUACCUAAAAACGGUGUUCAAGGCGUGGAGAUUACUGGAGAAUUUCGGCAGUACAUAUCUCUUCCUAUUUUUCCCUGCUACGAUAUCAACAGGAUUCAAGAAAUACACAGUAAGACAAUGGCAGAACACCCAGCUCAAUGAAGAGCAGAAAACAGCUGUCGAGAAAUUUUUGGGAAUGCGUAAAGUUCACCAUUCUCCCUUCCUGCUGUUCGGGCCUCCAGGGACUGGAAAGACAACUACUUUGAUUGAGAUCAUUGUGCAGGUAUGGUAUAAAUCACAAAGAAGACAGCUGAUAUGUGGACCAUCAAAUGCAGCGUGUGAUUUUCUUAUGCAACGCCUCAUUGCUGCCCUGCCAGAUGCCAAGAUUUACAGAUUGUUUUCAAAAUCAGCCACAGCAGCUCAGCCACCUCCGGAAGUGGUUGAAAACAGCAACUACUACCAGACGAAGGAUUUGUUUGAGGACUAUCUUACACCUGAUGUCCUGGACUGUGACAUUGUAAUCUGCACCGUUCUUACAUCUAUGAAACUGGCAAGCAUCACCAGACUGCAGUUUGGUUAUUUGUACAUUGAUGAGAGUGGCCAGCUUAGUGAGCCUGACUUAGUUAUUGCUGUUUCGGUGUUACUAAGUGGGAACAGCAGAAUUGAUUCCAGCAGAAUACUUCUUGCGGGUGACCCUUUGCAACUGGGGCCAGUUAUUCACUCGCAAGUGGCCACGGACUUUGGCCUUGGUGUCAGUUUGCUGGAGAGACUGAUGCAGUCAAAGUCAAUUAGCGAGGAGUGUUUCGCCCACUUAGUCAAGUCAUACAGAUCACAUCCGGCCAUUCUGCAUGUUCCAAAUUUAUUAUUUUACAACAAUAUGCUCGAGGUGAUUGGAAAUAACACCCAAGGUGUAGGUUGGGAGUCACUUCCCAACAAAUCAUUUCCUGUCCUAUUCCAUGGUGUGGAGGGAGAUUGUAACCAAGAUGCAGAUACAUACAGGUGA